CGUCAAGUUCGUGGCACUCAUUGAGUUGUCGCGUAGUCCGUUGUUGGGAGUUGUGUUUCAUGUUGCGGAUUCCAGAUAAAUAAAGUUGUUAACGUGAUUAGUGCGUAGAUGACUAAUAACGGCUGCACCUUGAUGCACAAAGUUCACUUUCACAGAGAAUAGCAACAAGCUAUUCUCUGUCAUUUCAUUAUCAACCAAAAUUGAUUGCGGCUGACAAUCACCAGUACAGUUCGGUGUCCCAUGUACACAAAAACAAUAAAAAUGCCAGCCACGAAGGAUUCGAAUAUUGUUAAAAUAGCCAUAGAAAUGGCCGAUCAACAAGCACAAUUAAUUGAAUUUAAUCAAAAGCAGCCUUUGACCGGAAUAAUUCAGGAACUGUGCAAUGCUUGGGAUCUCUCAGAUCCCGACACGUAUGCUCUGCAAUUUUCAGAUAACAACCAUAACUAUAUAACAGAAAAAAAUCGGAAUGAAAUAAAAAAUGGAAGCAUUUUAAGACUGGAACAUUCACCUUCAAAAACAGCCAGCGACAUACUAGCCAAACUAAACAAUGGCAAUAACGAUGAAAAAGUUGCAGCACUCCAGAAAUUAAGCACUCUUAGCAACGACGUUACAUUUGCUUUGGAAUUUAUCAAUAAACAAGGCUUGGCUCUCAUUAUUUCACAGGUUGAGGCUGGUAAAUCUAAAAGUAACACACUAGCCUUUCUCUUGCAAUCCUUUGUGGAAUUGAUGGAUCAUGGGAUUGUAUCGUGGGAUAUAUUGGAAUCUCCGUUCAUAAAUAAGGUGGCUAGCUAUGUGAACAAUCAAGCGACUCCGCCGGACUCUAAGGUGGUCGAAGCAUCCUUGCAAAUUUUGGAAAAUAUUGUCGUGAAUUCUUCGGGAAAAUACAGUCAAGUUGAAAAGGAAGUUACUUUUCCAAAUUUAGUCAUGCACUUGCAAAGUCAGAGCCCUCAAAUCCAACAAAAUGCUAUGUCCCUCAUCAAUGCUCUAUUUCUCAAGGCAGACUUGCCUAAACGGCGAGCUGUCGCUGCUACUCUGCAAUCUAAACAAUUACGGCUCGUCUUUGUUACCAAUGUAAUACAAUCAACAGGACAGGUUGGCAGCGAGAUGGCACAUCAACUCUAUGUGCUGCAGACACUGUUGCUAGGACUGUUAGAACAGAGAAUGAUGACUAAAAUGGAUCCCCAAGAUCAGGAUGCACUUGACAAGAUCAAAGAACUUCGUCGCAUUGCAUUUGAUACUGAAGGGUCCGUAAGCGGAGAUGUAACAGCUCGAAAACAAGGCAUUUUUGCUAAAGAUUACAAGAAACUAGGCUUUAAGUACGAUAUAAACCCAGCCAUGGAUUUUACCGAAACUCCACCAGGAAUGUUAGCUCUGGAUUGUAUGGUUUACUUUGCAAGAAAUCAUGUGGAGAGUUACACAAAGGUGGUUCUGGAGAAUUCGUGUCGAGCCGAUGAGCAUGAGUGUCCAUUCGGACGAACUAGCGUCGAAUUAGUAAAACUUCUCUGCGAGGUAUUACGAAUAGGUGAAGCUCCCAGCGAACAAGGGCAGUGUUAUCACCCAAUGUUUUUUAAACAUGAUCAUCCCUUUGAAGAGUUUUACUGUGUAUGCAUAGUUUUACUGAAUAAAACAUGGAAAGAGAUGCGGGCGACGACGGAGGACUUUGUCAAAGUCUUCUCUGUUGUUAAAGAGCAAAUCACUCGAGCACUUCAGAGCAAACCGACAGGACUUGAUAAGUUUAAAUUGACACUGCAUCAACUUACUUACUCUGUAAUCACAAACCUCUGGCAGCAAGAAAGGACCAGCCGCGAGGAGUGUGAGAGCCAUGCCAAACCUAUCAUUGAACUUCGGGAACAAAUUACCCCUGAAAUUAUGGAUCUUAUACGCCAGCAGAGGCUUGGGUUCUUAGUCGAAGGUACUCGUUUCACCAAAUAUGGUCCCAGAGGUCAGAGAAUGAAAGACAAAUUUCGGUACGUUCGACUUUCACCAAAUCACAAAGUGUUUCAUUACGGUGAAUGCGAUGAGAAGUCUGUGCCAACAAUUGACGAGCUUCCAGCAAAACUUGCGGUUGUCGAGAUUCGUGCGCUUUUAACCGGUAGAGACUGUCCGCACAUGAAGGACUUACAACGGCGAAAGACUACCCAUCAGCUUGCAUUUUCUUUGGCCCUUGAUUCUGUCGAGGUGAGCAGUCUUGACUUUGUAGCACCAGAUGAGCAAGUAUUUGAUUACUGGACUGAUGGGAUCAAUGCUUUACUGGGCAACAAGAUGACGAGCAAGGAAACAGAAAAGGACCUGGAAACCCUCUUGUCUAUGGAUAUUAAAUUGAGAUUAUUAGAUGCAGAGGGUAUAGACAUUCCGACCGAACCUCCACCGAUCCCAGACAAUCCACCGCACUAUGACUUUUGUUACGAACUCACAUAGACUUGAGAAUUAUAUUGUGGGUUUUAAUUUCAUUAGUUUCAUUGUCAGGUAUCUCAAGAUUUUACAUACAAGAUGUUAGUGCAAUUUUUUAUUUCAUGUGCAAAUGGUUUAAAUGCCGCAAUUGAC